AUGGCAACCUCUGGGCCCCCGUCUGAAGUCAACAUGGCAGCCUCAGAGCUCCAGCGUGAGACCUACGGGGAGGUCUCAGUUGUGGAGUUCCAACCCGAGGUUAACAUGGCAACCUCUGGGUCUCUGCCCGAGCCGAUUAAGCUGUUCCGAUGUCCAGCCCAGCUGAGGAGGCCGUCCUGCUGCCCUGUCCAGCCGGGGAAGCUGUCCAACGUUCCAGUGCUGCUGGGGGCGUCGUCCAGCAUUUCAGUGCUGUUGCGGUUGUCGUCCAGCGUUCCAGUGCUGCUGGGGGCGUCGUCCAGCGUUCCAGUGCUGCUGGGGGCGUCGUCCCGACUUUCAAUCCCGCUGGGGGUGGUGCUCCGCCUGUCUGCUGCCCGGCGGAGGCCGCCUCGUUUUCGUUACAGGUUUAGUUAUGUGCUCAUGGAAGAGAUGUCUAUCUAUACUGAAACACUGUACAAAAACAGCACGACCAAUAUUCCUGAAUUUGUCCUUGAAGGAUUCACAGGAAUUCCUGCUAAGUAUUAUGGAUUGGUAGGAACCUUUUUCUUCUUCAUUUAUCUGAUGCUGGCAUCUGGGAACGUUUUCAUCCUUGUAUUUGUGGCAUGUGAAAAAAGUCUUCAGAAGCCAACGUAUAUCAUCUUCUGUAAUCUUGCAAUAUCAGAUCUUGGAUUUGGAACUACAACUCUGCCAGGAAUCAUUGCUAAGUACUGGAUGUCAGAGAUCAUUUCAUUCAAUGGUUGUUUUACACAAAUGUAUUUUGUCCAUUAUUUUGGGACUUGCACCUCAUUUCUUAUGGCAUUAAUGGCCUAUGAUCGAUUUGUUGCCAUAUGUAACCCAUUGAGAUAUCCAGUUCUGAUUACACAUACCACUAUUGCGAUUCUUUGUUCAGUGCUUUGGAUAGGAAACCUCCUCAUUCUUGGUGCAAUUACUGCAUAUACCCUUAGUGUGCCUUACUGUGGCCCAAAUAUUAUACGUCACUGCUACUGUGACCAUAGUUCAGUAAGAAAUCUAGCAUGUGCAGACAUAACAGCCAUAAAAGACACUACUUUUGCCAUUGCUAUGACUGUACUGUGGGGUCCUUUAUUUUAUAUCAUAUUUUCUUAUGUGGCCAUCAUUAUUUCAGUCAUGAAAAUCUCAAAUAAAGGUGGACGCUAUAAAGCCUUUUUAACAUGUACUCCACAGCUAUUUAUUAUCUGCCUGUACUAUCUCCCCAGAACUUUUGUGUAUAUUGCAUUUAAUGUUGGAUUUCGUGUGGAAUCAAACCUCCGCAUUGCAGUGGUAAUGAUGUACAGUCUUUUCCCCUCUCUCAUCAAUCCACUCAUAUACUGCUUUAGGACCAAAGAAAUUAAGGAGACAUUAAUGAAGAAAUUAAAACAAAGACAGGUGAGGCUGUCAUCUGCCUUUACUAUCUCCCCAGAAGUUUUGUGUAGGUAACAUUUUCUUUUGGAUUUCAUUUUUAAACAAACCUCUAUAUUGCAAUGGUAAUGAUGUACA